AUGGAGCCUGUUGAGAUAAAGGAGUUGAUGGGAUGCCUGACAACAGAUAUUAUUGGCCGUUGCUCACUUGGAGUAGAAUGUAACAGUAUGGAACAUCCAAACACCGAUUUUAGAAAAUUCGGAAAACGCCUUUUCCAUUUCACACCGUUUCGACUUCUGAAAGCAACAUUCACCAGAGGUUUCCCUAAAUUGGCAAGGUACCUAGGACUGGGUGUAUUUCCGAAAGAUGUUUCAGAUUUUUUUAUGAACAUUGUGGAUGAAGUUUUUGAUUAUAGAACUAAGAACAAUGCAAAAUAUAACGAUUUCUUUCAAUCAUUAAUGGAAUUGGAGAAAAACGAGACCAACGAGAAAGUAAAAAAAACUAACAUUGCGACUCAGGCACUGCUGCUCUUCAACGCUGGCUUCGAAACAACCUCGUCCGCUUUAACACAUGCUAUUUAUGAACUUGGUUGUAAUCUUGAAAUACAAGAGAAGCUGCGCAAAGAGGUGACAACGGUUUUGGAGAAACAUAAUGGACUAUUGUCUUACGAGGCUCUUACGGAAAUGGAAUACCUUGACAGAGUAACGGACGAGACAUUAAGAAAGUAUCCGUCCCUCCCCAUAUCGAUCAGAAAAUGUAUACAAGAUUAUCGCGUAGAAGGCACCAAUUUGGUUAUCCAAAAGGGGGUAAAGGUAUGCAUAUCAAUUUUGGGUAUACACAGGGAUCCAGAAUAUUAUCCAAACCCGGAGGUAUUCGAUCCGGAACGAUUUACUGAAAUAAAUAAAAGUAAACGACCUCCUUGCACGUAUUUGCCAUUUCUGGAUGGACCCCGCAAUUGCAUAGGUUAUUGUAUAGAUACAUAGUAGAAUUGGUUCAGAAUCUUAUGAAUCUUGACCUUUGUUACAUUCCUGGCGGUAUACAUUGUGAAUGCAAUAAGGUCAGUCUCUUGCACAGGCGACGACAUGAGAUUUUGGACUAUACCUAAUCAUUAUAUUAUUGGGAGAUUACAUGUGAAGUAACCGAUCAACAUUCUUUUCUUUCGGUGCCGUUUAUAAACUACGUCGUUUCUCCUCAUCCAUUCGUCACGAUGCGCCUCGUUUUCUGCAUACCCCUCAAAUAUUACGUUACAAAACACCGACCUCCCAUUACAAGCAAAUAAUCGCGAUUAAGAAUGGCAUAGGUCAGGGAUGGCGAACCAAUGGCACUCGUGCCAUUGGUGGCACGCGACACAAUA